AUCAGACAGGAUUUUCAUUUACAUGUAACUUUGCAAUUAAAAAUGCAACAGCAUAUUACAACGGGAUAACUAAUAAUAGCUCCAAACGAAAGUAGUUAACUUGUAGUCGGUAGAUCUCAGAUUUAAUCCUGACUCUUAUCCCAUGUAUGUCUUCGAAAUAUUUAUCACUUAUCUUAUAAGACUCUAUGUAUAAGAUCGAAGAAAGAAAAUUGAGAUUUUCUUAAAUUGAUAAUCUUCUGCGUUUUUAUUUUAUCUGUUCAUUCCUGAUAUUAUUUGAUUAUAUACUUGUAUCACGGAGCAUAAUUUUAGACAUUUUAUUUUAAUUUUAAUUUUUUUAAUUUUUUCAAACAAGAAAAAAAUACACAUGCCUUCUUAUCAUAGAAUGGAAAAAAAAAGUUAAAUCUAUACAUUGUAUAACGUUUAUAGACACACACGAUACACUUUUGAAACAAUGUCAACACAUAUUUAUUUAUCCGUUGGACGGUUAGAGAAAUACUUUGAAAAGAGAAAAAAUGUAAACACUUUUGUAUGGCUCUCAAGAUUUGAUUGCUUUGAACGAACAGUGAAAUAAACUCAGUAGAUAGUAUCAACUCACCCAGCAAACGAAAAACGAUCGAAGUUCCGCACUCAGAAGAUUUUACGAGAAGGAAAUUGGAAAAAACCUACAAUGGCGUUAAAUUGUGUCGUUUUAGAUCGUAUGUAUACUUAUUUUGCAAGACGUAUGUCAUACAUAUUAAAUAUUAAUUAAAUCUCAAACAAAACGUUUUAUAAUCGUUUAUUUACAUAGAAAUUCAAAUUAAUAACUUUAUACAUAUGCACUUAUAUAUGAGUACCUUUAAAUAUUAAUAAUUUUGUAAAUCGUUCGCGUAUAUAUGAUAUCAUAAAAGUAUUUUGAUAAUUUUAUUUCAAUUAUUUAUACAGUGGACAAUGGAGAAACAAUGACAAGUUCACACUUUAUCGCCUGCCUAAAAAUGAUUGCUGAAUGUAAUGUUGCGGGACGUAAGGACGAAGGAAUGCCUUCCAUUAUAUUCACAAAAUGUGAUAAAGAGUCAAUAAAGGUAAUCGCUACUAAUCUUUUUAAUUAUUUUACAUCUUUCUCAUACGCAUACAUACGUGUACAUCUAUACGCGCGUACGUGUUUAUAUACAAUUACACACAUAUAAAUUUAUAUAAUUUAUGUUACAUAUAGAGAAAUUUAAUUCGUGUAAGCGACAAUAAUGAAUACAAUAUUAUUAUCGUGCGUAGCGAUAAAACUUUAAAUAAUAUUAAAGAGGCAAUUAAAGAAAUUGUUGAUAAUAGUAUCUCUAAUAAAUUAAACGAAUUGAUAUCAAGACUACAAGGAGAACCACCAUUUACGCAUUUUAAAGAGUAAAAUCAGUAAACCUUUUUCCAUUUAUCCUGUUUAUAAUCUUCGAGCUUUUUUUAUAAUAUUCACUUGUGUUCUCAGUUUUAUAUGUGGAAUACGAAAACGGACAUUCAUCUUUAGUGCAUGUAGCAAUUCAAACAAUGUUCAUCAUAUUGUGUAUUGCAAAUAUAAGAUAUUGCAAAUAAUGAACUGGAUAUACAAGCAAGAGGAAGCGACUAUGAUUGAGGCAAAGGACAAUAAAAGCAACAUUAGUUCUGCUGAUGCAUCAAUUCACACAUGCGCCCCUUCGUGUUCCAAAUUCGUAGAAGAAACGGUAAAAUAUCUUUCACAAUGAAACAAAUUUCCCUGAGACUGCGUGAUCGUAAUCGAUCCUCUUUACAGGAAAGAACCUCAAUGGAGAUAGAGAUUCCUAAGAAAUUAAGAUCAAGUAUUAUGUUUUCCGUGGAUAUUGCAUUAAAUAUAAUGCGUAAUGUAAUACGUGAAGACGAAGUACGUACAGCAGAUGUCAAGUUAUCGGACAGCCACUGCAGGAUACUGGCUGAAGACCUGUAUUCCUCUACAAAUGUGCCGUCUCGUAGAACUUCCGCUAAAUAUGGAUAUGCGGUGCUGGCCAGCGACGGGAAGGGCGUAAGGAAAGUACUACCAUCUUCGUCCCCUGAAACUAGCGUUUUGACACCUGGCACAUGCAUGAGAAUAAGAAGUGGAGCACCCAUACCCGUUGGAGCAACGGCGGUCGUCAAACUUGAAAAUACAAGGGUAACGGAAAAAUACAAAAAUAAUGAUCAUAGUGAUUAUUUUAAUAGAGAUAAUAAGGAAUAUGAGAUUGAGGUCUUAACCGUCCCAGAAAUAAACGAGAACAUUAGAGAUGCUGGAUACCACAUAAAGAGCAAUCAGCUCGUUUUAGAAAAGUACAGCUAUAUUGGACCAAUAGAAAUGGGUAUUUUAGACUUAUGUAAUUUCAAAACACUUCCAAUGACAGCAGAACUAUUGGUAGGUCUACUGUCGAUCGGAGACGAGUUAAACGAAUUAGAAAAACUCUACGAAAGCAGCAGUAAGAUAAUUCUACGUUCAUUAUUGGAAAAGAAUUAUUAUGUUACAGACUACAAAAUUUCGUCUUACGAAAUCCCUUUUAAUAUAACGCUCAUGUUCCCGCAGGUUGGAAGUUAUGGUCGAGAAACUUCAGAAGGCUUUAAAAAAAAUGUAAUCGUGAUAAUAGGUCGAGUGAACGACAAAGAAAUGUUGAAGACCAUUUUAAAAGGACAUUUUGAAGCUACCAUACAUUUUGGUCGCGUUAAUAUGAAACCAGGGAAAUCGACGACGUUCGCCACGUGCAUGCUCGAGGGCGAAAAGAAGUAUAUCCUGUGCAUGUCGUCCAAUCCGGCAACCGUACCCGUGGUCGCGCAAGUAUUUCUUCUGCCACUUUUAAAGGAGUUACACUGUAAUUUCGAAGAACCUAUCAGCAUAGAGACUCGCAUAAACUCGCAGCACGAGCUGCAUUCGCGCCCGACAUUUUCAUGGGCCACCUUACAUCAGACGGCAACAGGAUUUUCAAAGGCUUACUGCUCGGAAAGUCAAAAUCAGAACGUGAUGAGAGUUGCAAAAACAAAUGUGCUCCUAACGCUACCGCCACGCACGUUAAGAAAGCCGAUGUUAAAUGAUGGAACUCUCGUACAAGCCACAGUUUCUGGCUUGAAAUGAUUUUCGUUAAGAUAUUCCUAAUUUAAUCAGUAAGAAGGCACGUUCAUAUACGACAUUUGCGAGUUAUUAAUUUAAUUAUACUAUAUUUGAUUAUUAUAGGACGGAUGUUUAGGCUGCUUCACGAUUGGCAAUUUAGUGCCCAUGUUAUAUCUAUUACUUUUAUAUUAUUGUUUAGAUUCUCUAUUGUUUUCUUUAUUACUUAUUGUUUAAUCUCAGUUUAUUAGAGAAAAAAAACCGAGAAAAACUUUUAGCAUUACUUUUAUUCUAAAAUGUAAUGUCUAAUAUAUUAUGUUAUAAGCCUAAAACUAAUUUUGGUAAUUAUUAAUUCUGAAUGUAAUUGUUGAAACAUAUAGCAAUUUUAGAGGAAAGAGAUGUCUAAAAUGAAAUGCUUAUAUAAUUGUAGUAUUAGAGAAAAUUAUUUUAGUAUAAUUAUUGUUGAAAACAUUUUAAAAAUUAAUUAAAAAACUAUUUUGUAAUUAUUGUAAAAACAUUAUAGCAUAAAAUUAUAUCAUUAAUAUGUGUGAAACAUAUAUACUUUAAAUAAAUAAGUUUACAAAUUACAAUAAAAAAUUUCUUUGUUGCAAAAUAUAAGCAUUUCUACAAAAUAUAAUAAUUAUUGCGAUAGUUUUUUAUUCGGGGUAUUAGUAACGCUAAUUAAUUUUCAAAUUGGAUAUUUUCUUUCAGCCUAUUGAUGAUAUUGCUUUUUCAAUGCGGCGGAAUGUAUAAAAGAUUACGGAACGAUAUUUAUUUGUUUAAUAAACAUAUAAAAUUGAA